AUGGCCAUCUAUUCAGCAGUACCGCCACCUGAGCAACAAGCUCCAUCCACGACACCUGUCCAGCAGGUCCUCGAAUCUGCGAACUUGACUGUAGGUCUUGCCGACUUGUCGAUUUCUCCAUCUGCUGGCAGAAAUGGUAUGACCUUGAGCAUUCCGCCUGAUAGCGAAGCCGAGGCUCUCAAGUCUGUGAGGGCCAGAAAAGAACCGUUGAAGAGGGAUAGUAUGAAGCGUCGGGAGGCUUUGUUGAAAGGCAAGGAGGGCAGCAGACGUAGACAACGAUGGGAGAAUGAUGCAUUCAUGCACGUUCCUAACGCGCAGCCUCCUCUUCCUUCCGAUUGGGAAGUUCAUCCAACACACCCCGUCCACAGUGUCCCAUACUAUCUCGCUCCGCUCUGGGAUCUCCGCAUCGAAGCCCAAGCCCAAGCGUCUCACUCGCGCAAAUCCUCCUCUGCUACCAAGGCAGCUGCUCGCGAUGGUCAAAAAGGUCGUGUUCCGCAAGAACUUAAGGCGAAGCUCAAGCGUAGCAAAGGCGCAAAGACUCUACUUCAGGAGCUCGAAGAGGAGGUUCGCAAGUUCGUGAGGGACCAGGAGCGUAAGGAGCGUAUGCGAAUGAAGGGUACCGAUUCCGAGGAAGAACCUGAGCUGGACUCUGAGGACGAGGAGAUCGUGUUCAUUGGAAAGAAUGGUCGAAUGAGUGACGAGGUUAGGAAAGAGCGGGAACUGGCCGAGAAGUUCCUCGAACGGGAGAAGAAGAUCUGGGAAGGGGCGGCGGACGAUAAAGGAUCGAGUUUUGGACGCUGGCUUGUUCACUCCAUUGCCGCCUACUAUGGGCUUUCCUCGCGCUCCGUCACUGUCGGCAAUCCCGCUCGUAGAGAAGCUUACGUCGGUAUUAAAACCAAGGAGGUUGUGAUGACGACCGGUCGCCGUGUUUCCUCUCCAGAGUUCGACAUUGAGCUUCCCAGACCGCUUUAUGGGCUUGUCUAA